UUUCCGGAGCCACUUGCGGCAGGCUGCGGAGGCGCUGCGGACGCUGGCUGCAGAUGUCGGACCGGCGGGCGGCUGAGGGGCCGGGCGUCUGGAGCCCCGCAGCCCGCCGAGGGCCGGCGCGCGGCGUCGGGGACGGCCCGGGAGUGGAGGGGAGCCAGGCGGCCGCCUCAGAGAAUGAAGACCUAGAAGUCACCAAGGUCACCUCUCUAGCAGCUUCUGCCUCUGAUCCAGAACCCCAUUCCUCACCCUACAGGCCACAGAUGGUAUCUCCGGUGAGGGAGGAUGCCACAGAAGGCCAGCAGAAGGCAGCUGGUGCCAUGGAGGCACAGGCCUCGGUGGAACAGGAAUUGCUGUCUGCAGACCAGGCCCAGGUCCUCAGCAAGAUGGCCAAGUACCAUGGUCUGCCAAGGUCUGGGGACAUCGUUAUGAUCCAGUCUGAGCACACAGGAGCUGUAGAUAUUCUUUCAGCUGAUUUGGAAUCUGCAGACCUUCUUGGGGACCACAGGAGAGUCUCCCCACCUCUGAUGGCUCCUCCGUGCAUCUGGACCUUUGCCAAGAUGAAGGAAUUCAAAAGCAAGCUGGGCAAAGAGAAGAACAGCCGUCUGGUGGUGAAGCGGGGUGAGGUGGUGACCAUCCGGGUACCUACCCACCCAGAGGGGAAGCGUGUCUGCUGGGAGUUUGCGACCGAUGACUAUGACAUUGGCUUUGGAGUUUACUUUGACUGGACCCCUGUAACCAGCACGGACAUAACGGUGCAGGUCAGUGAUUCCAGUGAGGAUGAGGAUGAAGAUGAGGAAGAAGAGGAGGAGAUUGAAGACCCUGUCCCAGCUGGAGACGUGGAGCGAGGCUCCAGGAGCUCCCUGCGGGGCCGCUAUGGGGAGGUCAUGCCCGUGUACCGGCGGGACAGCCACCGAGACGUGCAGGCCGGCAGCCACGACUACCCUGGCGAGGGCAUCUACCUGCUCAAGUUCGACAACUCCUACUCCCUGCUGCGCAACAAGACUCUCUACUUCCACAUCUACUACACCAGCUGAAGGCCCGCUGGGACAGGGGGCAGGCAGUGUUUGGUGGCUGGAGCAGGCUGCCAGCUGGGGCCUCUUGUUUUGGAUAGGCAAGAGCUAAAAGUUGAGCGUGGGGCUCCUGACCCUCACGCCCUGGCUGGUGUGCCUGACUGUUGACCCCACGUAGCUUUUCCCCCUCCCAGGCUUCUGCAGAUGGUGGUGUAGUGCCCCUGUUCCGUGGUCCCUGGCUCACGCUCUUCUGGCUUUAGACUCCAGCAAAAUCUCUCUGUGGAGGAAACUAUCAGGCAAAAGCCUGAAAGUUGGGUGUUGCCUUUUAAAAAUAGUUUUGUUUUGGUACAAGGUGUAUUAUUUCAGUUGCUGUUCUCUUCUCUUCCAGAGCUUUUAUUGCAGAUGUGUUUAGUGGCACCCACUCUCUUCACGUUUUGAAAGGGCUGGAAGAGAGCAAAGCACAUUGUCCAUGAAGGAUCCCAGUUUCCUGGAUGGAGAAAGCUCUGUCCAGCCUCUCACCACUGCCAUAUUCCUACCUGCUGUUUCUUUGUGGUCUCUAGCACAGGCUGGGAGCCCUCACUGCCUUUGGAGUGGUGUUAUUAGUCCUGAUCGUUUGACUCCACCUCUUUCUCUCCUCUUUUCCCUUUUCUAAGUCUGUGUCUUUGCCAUUACAGCAAGAACUUCCAUGCAAUCCAAAAUGAUGAUCACUGUAGUCUAAGAUCUUCUGGGAAGAAAAACUGCCUCCAUCACUUCCUAUUUCAAGAGGCACUGGUGGUCAAAGGGGAAAGGGUGGAAAUUAGGUACUGGAUUGAUGUCAGAACCCACAUUUUUGAAAGUCAAGUGUUAGUAAAUUAUUAUUUUUUGUAUAAUCAAAGAAGGAGGGGUACAAUCUGAGAGAGGAGGUUAAAAAAACAAAUAAAACAACACUCCAGAUUCCCCACAGCUUUUUUUUUUUUUUUUUUUUUUUAGUCUUUAGGAGUGUUAUUAUUUAGAAAUUUUGCUUUGGAACCAUUCAGAUUUCCAGAGUUUCUGGAUUUAGGUUUCUUGCAUUGAGGGCUCAAAGCUUUUGGUGUUCAAAGUCUCUCAGGAAAGGUGAUAAUGAAACUUCACUGUUGCUGCUGGUGUAUUUGUUCUUUAGUCCCUGGUGACCGCAUUUUCCACCCUGUGAGCCCUGAGGCCCCAGGGUGCUGCAGCCAGUGUCACCAGAGCAGUAGGGUGUCCGGGCCCCCAGUGGAGGAGGGGGCAGAGAAGGGACCACUGCGAUUAUCUGUACCUCCUUUCUUAUCCCUUGUGUCAAGCCUGUUACUGCCUUAGGAUUUUGAGGAAUAGUUAGAUUUAUUUAUUACUUUAUU